GGAGAGACAGCCACUUGAUUUGAACUGGCUUUCCAAGGCGCUACUUAUUUGCAUAAUUUUUUUUUGUCUAUGGUGACGCUCUGGUUCGGGGCAGUUCACUGGUGUCUGCAUGGUACUGGUGAAGGAUCACAUCGUCUAGCAUAUAGCCUUGGCUGAGUUUAAUAUUGCUAUGAAGCCCUGGCCAUUGCUCUAAAGCAUGACGAUAUACAUUUAAUCUUGAGGCCAGAUAACUCUUAUCUCGCUGACCCGACUACUCACGCCUGCUUUCGUAAUCUUGGUUUACCCAUCCACGUCGAGUAGGGGGGGAACAAAAAGAAAAGGGGAAAAGGAAAGGGGGUUCUCUCGGCUCUUCCCUUUUUUUUUUUGUUGUGGCUGCUAAUGCCUGGUGCCUGGCAGGGCGCACUCUGCUGCUGCUGCUUCACCCUGCAGCCAAGCCCUGCCUUUAAACUUUUCUCUGGAUUACCGCUUUGAUCGAUUUCGUCGCUGAAUGAGAACAUAUCGCUCGGUGCUCUGCAUUCGUCGUCAGAGGAUAAGGUUCACCCGAGGAGGCCAUUGGCGGAGAGGCGUCACGUGACCACGGGGUGCCAAUGUUAUUCUACAAGGGUGUCAAGACCCUGUCAGUUUCUGAAAUAAAUAUUGGGAAACGGCGAGAUGCAAAAGGCAACCUACUACGACAGCUCCGCAAUUUACAGUGGCUACCCAUAUCAAAGCGCAAAUGGCUUCAGUUAUGAUGCCAAUCAGGUCCAAUAUCCCCGGGCCUCUCAUGUGGAAAGUGAGUACCAUCGACCUGCCUGCUCCCUGCAGUCUGCUGACGGCUCCGUGGCUCUGCAGAAGCCCGGGGAGAUGGCGGAGAGCUGCGACAGGACCACAGCCAUUCAGGCGGCGCAGUCUAAGGUUCAUCCCGAAAGCAAUCAACCACAGGUGCCCGUGUCAGGCCCACCCCCUCCCUCACAAUCCCCCGGUGCUAUCAGCCAAAACACAAGCAACGGGUCCAACCAGCCCAGUGCCAAGAACGGCUCCCCGACCUCUACUCCUCGCAAACAGAUCUUCCCCUGGAUGAAGGAAUCCCGCCAGAACACGAAGCAGAAACCCACCAGUAGCUCCAGUUCAGUGGAGAGUUGCCCCGGAGACAAGAGCCCUCCAGGGUCAGCAGCUUCGAAGAGGGCCCGGACAGCUUACACCAGCGCCCAGCUAGUGGAGCUGGAGAAGGAGUUCCACUUUAACCGGUACCUGUGCAGACCCCGGAGGGUGGAGAUGGCCAACCUGCUCAACCUCACUGAGAGACAGAUCAAAAUCUGGUUCCAGAACCGAAGAAUGAAAUACAAGAAGGAUCAGAAAGGUGUCGGAAUGAUGCCUUCUCCUGGCGGGCAGUCCCCUCGGAGUCCCGUGGGCCCGGUCUCCGGUGGUGGUGGUGGUGGUGUAGGAUACCUCAACUCUAUGCAUUCUCUAGUAAACAAUGUACCUUAUGAAUCCCAGUCGCCAACGUCUUACAAUAAACCUCAUCAAAAUACAUACGCUAUGGCCACGUCAUACCCCCCUCCUUUGAACAGCUCCCUCAACAACUGCCCGCCCUCCCAGAAGAGGUAUCCCGGGACAGACUCGGCCACGCCCGAGUAUGACGCGCAUCCUCUCCAAGGCAAUGGCAACUACGGGACUCACAUGCAGGGCAGCCCGGUUUAUGUCGGCGGAGGUUACAUCGACUCAAUGCCCAAUUCUGGGACCUCCGUUUUCGGUCUAACCCACCUCACGCAUCCGCCGUCCGCUAAUAUGGACUAUAAUGGAGCAAUCACAAUGGGCAACAGUCAGCAUCACGGAGUGUGUGAUCCGACACCGACGUACACAGACCUAACGUCGCACUACUCUCAGGGAAGAAUCCAGGAAGCGCCCAAACUGACGCAUCUGUAGCGGUGGCGCUGCCCGGAUCACUCCGCCCAUUGUCUUAUCCACCUCCAGACACAUCACUGCUUUGUUUCUGCGCCUACUCACGGCUUCCACCUUCUCUCAGCUUUUGUUUAUGUUUUCUAUAGUUUGAUGUGUGAAGUAGCGUAGGAUAAAUAAUCACGACUUGCUUGAAUUUUUCUCUAUUUGCUCGUGUCAUUGUCUCACAAAUACCUUUAUCUCGGCUGUAGGACGUCUAGUGUGGGAGGGAGGGGGGUAUAAGCUUACAGUAUAAGCAUAGGCCUAUUUAAUCUUCUUUUUUUUUUACUUGUUUUAAAUUCGAAACUCAAACAGGGUAUUAUGAACAUAUGUUAUUCAUUUUUAAUGUGAAUUUGUCCGUCUUUUAUUUAUCCGCAGUUGAAGAAUUGUGUUUUGCAUUUUGUUGCACUUGUGAGAGGAUCCUUCAAGAGCCACGAGUUGGGAUUAUGAGGGAAAUACAUUUUUCAAAAACAAGGGACAUGAGCUCACACGCUGCCUCCCUUGCUUGUUGUUGUUCUAUUGGACUUUGUUUAAUGUUAUUUAUUUUGUUUGGUGUUAAGAUAAAAGAGUCCUUUAGUAUUAUUUGACACCUCAGCGAUCUUUGUGUGGGGACAAGGUUGGUGGUAAAUUAGCCCCUCGGCCCUUCACCAGCCCUUACAUGUAGUCAGAAGCUCCCCAGCAGUACCAUGUUGCUAUUAUGCUAUUUCCGUUUCUUCUUCAAGGAGGUGUUUUAUUUUCUCAGCGAAUGUAAAAUCAAUCAGUCAUGCAAUAAGGGUGGAAAGAAGGACAAACAUUAGCAUUUUCCUUUCUUGAAGAAAAAAAGAAAGACGUCAUCAAUUUACUUUUUUCGAUGUCAUACAUUUCUCGCUGCUCCAAUUCGAAUAAAUAAAUAAAACAUAAUU